AUGCUGUAUGCUGUAUGCUGUAUACUGUAUGUAUUGAAGAGGUUAGACGAAUCACUUGCUUCUCGCGAAAAGGCUCUGGAAGAUGUACAAGUCAAUCUCAAAGACGAAAGACAGAAGCUGAAAAGUCUGGAGACAAAACUUCUGGAUGAAGAGAAAAUGCGCCGGAAGCUUCAUAAUUCAAUCCAGGAACUCAAAGGAAACAUCCGAGUCUUUUGUAGAGUACGUCCGCCUGUUGCAUCUGAAAUGGCAAAUCAUGGAAAGGUGGCUAGUAUGAGAUUCUAUGGUGACGACAAUGAUAAAAUGGAGCUUUCAGAAGAAGUGUCAAGUACACUAGGAAAAGUCACAACAAAGUCAUACCCCUUUUCUUUCGAUAAAGUUUUCCCACCCGAGAGUACCCAAGAAGAAUGUUUUGAAGAGAUAUCACAACUGGUACAAUCGGCUCUUGAUGGCUAUAAUGUUUGUAUUUUUGCAUAUGGGCAAACAGGAAGUGGAAAAACAUACACUAUGGAAGGCCCACCUGGUGCUGGCAAAGGCAUGAUUCCAAGGGCAGUUCAACAAAUUUAUCAGGUGGCCCAGCAACUUAAUGAAAGUAAUUGGCAUUACACUAUGGAAGGACAGUUUAUGGAGAUCUACAAUGAAACAGUUCAUGAUCUUCUUGGCGACUGUUCAAAUUACGGCAAGAUUAAACAUGAUAUUCGACAUGAGAAAUCUGGAAAGACUGUGAUUACAGACAUGACGAGUGUUCUCUUGGACUCUCCUGCGCGUGUCAAUACCAUGCUUCGGAAAGCUAGUCAGAAUAGAGCCACUGGAGCGACAAAUAUGAAUGAAAGAUCAUCACGUAGCCACAGUGUAUUUAUGCUACGAUUAAAUGGUGACAAUCCAGUAACAGGCGAACGGACUACUGGUGUAUUGAACCUGAUUGACUUGGCAGGGUCAGAACGUCUAGCUAUGUCUGGAUCGACAGGCAAUCGCUUGAAAGAAACACAGGCAAUCAACAAAAGUCUGAGUUGCCUAGGUGAUGUAAUCUCUGCCUUAUUAAACAACAAGGAAGGUGGUCAUAUCCCUUACAGAAAUUCAAAACUUACAUAUCUUUUGCAAAAUUCUCUCGGUGGAAACAGUAAGACUCUAAUGUUUGUCAAUAUCUCUCCUUUAUCCGAACACUUUAACGAGACGCUUUGUUCCCUGAGAUUUGCUACAAAAGUAAACUCAUGUCGAAUUGGUACAGCAAGACGAUUGACUCGGUAAAGGAAGAAAAUAAAAAUAAAAAUAAAAAGGAAGAAAGGAGAAAUAGAAAGCAAAACGGCAGUGUGCUGUUUAUACAGGGUUGAUACACCAUUGCUUCAUUCCCUUUCUUUUGAUUACAAGUCAAACACAUAUUUAUGGACAUUUUUUUUUCAAUAUUCACGCCUUUUUAUAAUAUAAUCUCUGAAAAAAAAAUGAAGUAUCAAGUU